AAGAAAUGUGUUUUAGCAAAUGAGAAAUACUGUAAUGCUCCCUGGCUGUCACUGUUGGCAGUUGUUGAACACGACCGCCCUCUAGCGGCUGCUUACUGUAAGUACAAAAACAAAACAUUUCACUUCCGGGUCGCCUGGAGAUUUGAGUUCACCUCACCGUGGUUUGGGUGCUUUCAGUUGGAAAAACUCUGCAGGUUGUUUUCGUGAUGUAUCAUCAACCCGUGCUGAAGAACAGGAGAACUCUGCUCGAGAGGGCAGAGAAAUUUGUCUCUGAUAUUUAUUUCACCGACUGCAACUUGAGAGGACGGCUCUAUGGAGACUCUUGCCCACUGGAGUCCAUUACCUCUUUCUUGUCCCCCAAAAGAAUCACUUUUAGCGAAGCUUCCCAGCAGAUCUUUGCCCCUCAUAAACUGGGUGACACCUUUGGACCCACGUGGUGGACUUGCUGGUUUAAAGUGACCCUGAAAAUCCCUGAGUCCUGGAGAGGGAAAGAGGUUCAUCUUCUGUGGGAAAGUGAUGGAGAAGCAAUGGUUUGGAGGGAUGAGCAGCCAGUACAGGGCCUCACUAAAGAGGGAGAAAAGACGAGUUACAUCCUGUCUGACUGUCUGAAAGAUGAUGAGCCACACAGUCUCACUCUUUAUGUAGAGUUGGCCUGUAAUGGGCUUUUUGGAGCUGGUAAGGAUACCUUCAUAGGAGCACCAGAUCCAAGCAAGAAGUUUUCUGUACAGAAGGCUGAGCUGGUGGUGUUCAACCGAGAUGUGCGGGAGCUGCUUACUGAUUUUGAGAUGCUGAUUGACAUUGUCAAGGAACUCGGGGAGGGAGAGCAGCGAAGCUAUCAGGCACUCUUCACCGUCAAUGAGAUGGUAAACCUCUGCAAUCCCUCUGAUACAAACACCUUCUCUAAAGCUCGAAGCCUCGCCCACAACUUCUUCAGCCAGAGGAAUGGAGAGAGCCAGCACACAGCUCAUGCAAUGGGUCACUGCCACAUAGACUCAGCUUGGCUGUGGCCCUAUGAAGAGACCAUCCGCAAAUGUGGCCGAAGCUGGGUGACAGUGAUCCGUUUAAUGGAGAAGAACCCUGAUUUUAUUUUUACUUGCUCUCAGGCUCAGCAGUUCCAGUGGGUGAAGAGCUGGUAUCCAGGCCUCUUCUCUGAGAUUAAGAAUUACGUCAAGAAAGGACAGUUCAUUCCAGUAGGGGGAACCUGGGUAGAAAUGGAUGGUAACCUGCCUUCAGGUGAGUCCAUGGUGCGACAGUUCCUGGAAGGCCAGCGCUUCUUUAACCAAGAGUUUGGGAUCCAUUGCAAAGAGUUCUGGCUUCCGGAUACGUUUGGCUACUCUGCCCAACUUCCACAAAUCAUGCAGGGAUCUGGCAUAUCCAAUUUCCUAACACAGAAGCUGAGCUGGAACCUGGUCAAUACAUUCCCUCACAACACGUUUUUCUGGGAAGGUCUGGAUGGCUCCAAGGUUUUAACCCACUUCCCACCAGGAAAUUCCUACGAAAUGAAGGGCAAGGUUGAAGAACUGGUGAAAACAAUGAAGAAAAACAAAGACAAAGGGCGGGCAAACCACAGCGCGGUGCUGUUUGGUUUUGGUGAUGGCGGGGGAGGACCCACACAGCUCAUGCUAGACAGGCUGCACCUGGUCCAGGACACAGAUGGACUUCCCAAGGUUCAGACAUCCAGUCCUGACAAGCUUUUCUCUCAGCUCCAGGCUGACUCAGCUCUGCUCUGCACCUGGACUGGAGAGCUCUUCCUGGAGCUGCAUAACGGGACCUACACUACACAGGCACAGAUUAAACAAGGGAACCGUCAGUGUGAGACACUGCUUCACGAUGUAGAGAUAGCUAGCAGCCUGGCACUGUGUCAGGUCAAAGCAUUUCAGUAUCCUGAGGACAAACUGCAGGAGCUCUGGAGGCUGCUUCUUCUGAACCAGUUCCAUGAUGUGAUUCCAGGCAGCUGCAUCGAGCUGGUUGUGGAGGAUGCACUCAGGUAUUAUGAAGAAAUACGUAGUGAUGGUGCUUCACUGCUGAAUAAUGCUCUUGGAGUCCUGGGGUCAAAAGGAGGAGACGCUGGUGUGUUCAACUCUCUGCCAUGGGAGCGCCAUGAAGUGGUACAGGUUCAAGAUGCUCCUGGAAAAUCUAGUCUGGCUCUGGUGAAAGCUCCCAGCAUGGGUUUGUCUCCAGUCAAAGACACACCGCCUGUGGUUCCAGUCUCUGUCACUGUGCAGGGUGAUGGCACUGUCCUCAUGGAGAAUGGGAUUUUAAAGACUGUCAUAAACAAAGAUGGCACAUUGGCAUCACUGAGUUUGAUCGAUGCAAACAGAGAAGCUAUCUCUGACGGAUGUCGUGGGAACCAGUUUGUCAUGUUUAAUGAUGUCCCUCUGUACUGGGAUGCUUGGGAUGUGAUGGACUACCACCUGCAGACAAGGAAGCCGGUUCUGGAGGUGAUUAAGCCCGUUCAUGUGGUGUCUUCAGACCCACUCAGAGGCAGGAUCAGCUACACCCUCAGGAUCAGCGAUAAGAGCACCAUCACUCAGGAGAUUAUCGUGGAUGCCAUGUGUCCUUAUGUCAAGUUUAACACAGAGGUGACAUGGGCUGAGUCACACAAGUUCCUUAAAGUGGAGUUCCCCGUGCGAGUACACAGCCCCAAUGCCACCUACGAGAUCCAGUUUGGCCAUCUACAGAGGCCCACACACAGGAACACUUCAUGGGACUGGGCCAGAUUUGAAGUUUGGGGUCACAAGUGGGCCGAUCUGUCUGAGCAUAACUUUGGAGUUGCAUUGCUGAAUGACUGUAAAUACGGAUACUCAGUCCACAAGAACACUAUGACCCUAUCAUUACUGAGAGCACCAAAGUCCCCAGAUGCCAAUGCUGACAUGGGCACUCAUCAUUUCAGCUACGCCAUCAUGCCGCACACAGGAUCCUUCCAAGAUGCCUCCGUCAUCCAGUUCGCCUACAAUCUGAACUACCCUCUGAGGUCAAUCCAGUGCGCUCCUGACACCCAGUCGUGGAGUGCCUUCUCAGUCCGCUCUGCAGCAGUCAUCCUUGAGACCAUCAAACAGGCCGAGGACAGGAAGGGGGCAUUAGUUGUCCGUCUCUAUGAGUCACACGGCAGUCGUGUGACUGCUACUCUCUGCACUACCCUUCCAAUCAAGGAGGCUUGGCAUUGUGAUCUGUUGGAGAGAAAAGACCCGGCCCAUCCUGCACACAUUACGUCAAAGGGAAUCACUCUGAACUUCAGCCCAUUUCAAAUCAUGUCACUUCUACUCAUCUUCUGAGUUUAACUGCAUCUUACCAAAACUAAAUAUCACAUCUGGUGCUGCUCUCAUCUCAUUGACAAGUAAAGGAGGAUCACUUUGAGCUAAUCAGAGAUUUUAUUUUUUUAUUUUAUUUUUUUUGUAUCAGAUCAAUAAAAAUGUGCACAACUUUU